CACGCCCCCCCACCCCUGAGGAUCCCGGCGUCCUGGCAACGGCGGCGCCUGCGGGCUGGGGCCAAGGCCGGGCGGCCGGAGAUGCCUUGCCGCGCAGGGCCGGCGCCAUGCUCAAGGCUAAGAUCCUGUUCGUGGGGCCUUGUGAGAGCGGCAAAACGGUCCUGGCCAACUUUUUGACAGAGUCCUCAGACAUCACCGAGUACAACCCAACCCAAGGUGUGAGGAUCCUGGAAUUUGAGAACCCCCAAGUAGCUAGCAACAACAAAGGGACAGGGUGUGAGUUUGAGCUGUGGGAUUGUGGAGGAGACACAAAGGCUCUUUUCCCUCCCUGGAGGUUUGAAUCAUGCUGGCCCGCCCUCAUGAAGGACUCUCACGGAGUGGUGAUCAUCUUCAAUGCCAAUAUCCCCAGCCACCUGAAGGAGAUUGAAAUGUGGCAUUCUUGCUUCGUGCAGCAGCAGCUGUUACAAGACAGCCAGUGUCUCUUAAUUGCGCACCACAAGCCAGGCUCUGGAGGGGACAAGGGCAACUUGUCUUUGGCCGCACCUCUGAACAAACUGAAAUUGGUACACUCCAAUCUGGAGGAGGAACCGGAGGAGAUCCGGAUGGAGUUCAUCAAGUACCUGAAAAGUAUAGUGAGCUCGGUGUCUGAGAGCAGAGAUAGGGAAGAGAUGUCCAUCAUCACCUAAGUGACGCCAUUCAUUGUUCACACACGCGAGUCUUUUUACAAUUUUGAAGUCCUUGCCUUCGUCUCGGGCACUUCUGAAGUCGCCCUCUUGCCCAGAUCACGUCUGAAAUGUCUUUGAGGGCAACGACCCUUUUUUUUUUUUUGGCGAUCAAACGAGGUCAGCCAAGAUGCUGUGCCUGCUCCACUAGAGGGAGGGCCCUGCUGGCCAGCGAUUCUCUGGAUACCAACUGUGCUGUUUGGUUUCAACGACCCUGUUGGUGAAUUCACCUGCUUCCAAUAUGGUCAGAGACCUGUACAGUCAGGCUCAGUUUUGUUUGUUUCUUCUGAAAAUGCUAUUGCUAUUGCCCAGUGAUCAAUCUGUCCCUCAAUGGUUAUUGUUGAUACAUAAUAAUCAAAUGUGUUGUCUUCUGAAUAGUAAGUGUAAUGGAAUGUUUAUUUUUAUGUGGAAUUCUGUAAUGUUAGGAAAAUGAUGCUAAACUGAUUGGGGGCUUAAAGGCCAGUUUAUAUAAAUAGACUUUCAUAAACAUCAGGGCAUUUUCAUCCACAUCAAACUUGUACAUUCAGAUGAAAGCUAUGUUAUGUUUUCAUGUUACCCAAUGUGUAAAAAAUGCUAAAGAAUUCAUAUUCAGAGGUUAUAAAGGCAUGUGGCUUUCAAUUCAUUGGAUAAGUAAGUUCAUUUUCAUGUUUUUUGAGAUGGAUUUUCAUUUUUUCCCUACUUCCUUUAUAAUCAUCUUAAUUUUUGUCAUAUGUAACCAGUCAGAAAUAAACAUUCAGUACCUAUAGCUUGAAACUGUAACUCAA